AUGACCUCAAUUCCUCCCACGAAUGCUCUUAUAUCGAUGUUUGAGAAGAAAAGAGAUGAUACAGAUCCGGUUAAGAAAGAUGUAGAGGUACCGGGGAGUUCGAAGCCGCUUGGAACAAAAUCUGUGACUCGACCUCUGACCCCACCAAGGACCUUGAGCUCUGUUUCUAAAAGCAGCCUAUCACCAUCAAGACUAGCUAGCAGUAUAGCGUGGCAAAGAACACCAUCUCCUUCGGUUUCAGCGAUGAAGCCAGCCCAGGAGGGACAUCGUCCGACUCAAAAUAUGAUUAUCGAAGUCAAGGCACGCCCCCCUACUCCUCCACCAGCGAGGAUGAAGAACAAACCCUACACAUCUUCGCAACCUAGAGCUCUAGAUUCAAGUGGUAAACCACGCGCUUCUACACCACCAAAGCCUAUUGUAAAGGCGGAUACCGUUAUUCUAUCGCCUCGACCAAAGCGGUCUACUUCCCAGAAGUUUCUAUUAAACGACAUACAGGCACAAGAUGCGGUGCAGCCAGGCCAAACGUUCGGGCCAAGGCCGCAAUAUCCGACUUCUUCGAAUGAAGCUACAGUACCAUCCCUCCGGGAGGAUGAUCUUCGUCGGAGUUCGAUUUCAUCUAAUGACACCUUUGUCUCUGCGUCAUCAGUCCCAACACCCCACCCUAGCUCUCCAGAUAGAAGUAGAUCUCGACCAUCAACCCCUGUCACGCCGCGGCAAAGGCGGCCCCCGUCAACACGGGCUAUAUCUACAGAGACUACCUCCGCUAGUCGUCCACCGGUUCCCCCUCGGCGACAGCCGCACAUGAGCUCUCCUAACCUACCCCUUGAUUCACUUACUGAUGCCAUCGUAGCGGGCGCUCUCGCAUCGUCCCGCAUAACGCCAUCAAAAACCCCGCCGCCAAAGCCGCCGUCCCGCAAGCAAACACCGCAUAUGCGCCAGACGCUACGCCAUCCGCCUAGCAAAUCAGACGACGAAGAAGUGGCUCGCUCACGUCACCGCAAGCCUCUCGGGAAACUAGGUGGCAACAAGCACAUUCACCACGAAGGUCAGCGUCGCCGGUGGCGCGAAGAAAUCACACUGCGCGAGCGCAAGCGGUACGAGGGCGUAUGGGCGAGUAAUCGAGGUUUACUGCUCGUUUCGCCAGACGCAAGGGACUCCCUAUCCGUUCCUACCUCUACUCCUAACGAAAUAGAAAGGGAAAGGGAACUAGAGCAAGUCGUAGCCAACGUGGUGGUACGUGAUAUCUGGGCACGCAGCCGGCUACCGCCGGACGAGCUGGCGGAGGUGUGGGACCUAGUGGAUAGACGUGGGCGUGGAUACCUAGACCGCACAGAGUUUGUGGUUGGGAUGUGGCUUAUUGAUCAGAGGCUUCGUGGGCGCAAAAUCCCGCGCAAGGUCUCGGAAAGUGUUUGGGGAAGCGCUAGAGGCGUGAGGGUUGCGGUACCAAAGGGGGGGAAGUAA